UUCCAGAAAUGCCAAUUAAAGGCGUUGCGUACAACCAAGUUUUCAUUGAUAUGAAGACAAAAAUCACUAGUUAUGGCCCACAUAAUGGUAUCAUUGUUCAAUGUGGCAUUCAGCAAGAGCCCAGUGUGUUCUGGCCCUGUGUUCUAAAUGGUGUUCCAAAUUCUAUGUUUUCUCAACGAUUUGAUGUAGCACUAACACCUGUUACAACUCAUUGGCCAACUAUGGAGGACGCUAGCGAUAAUCCACGAAAUAAGGGCGCAUUUAUGCCAAAUCAACAUUAUCAGUCAAUCGGCAAAGAUGUGACCUCAUCCAAUAAUUUCAAUUCAUCUGGAAAAGUGUGCUUAAAUGUCGUCGAAACGAAUCCAAUGAUGGCUGAGCUUGAGUCGUUCAGUGUGAUACCGAGCAGUUACAAAUCAGAUCUGUAUAGUACAAUUCCUAAAAUUUCCAACGAUGCUGUUCCAAAUGUGAGGAAACCUCUGACAACUGCUCAAAAUGUUGAUCAUCAUUGGAGUGCAGAAAAAGCAAUGAGAAAAGAAGCAUUAAAUCAAAAUAUGAGUGAUAUGGAAAUUGAAAUAAGCGAACAACUCCUGCCUCGACUAUCAUCGUUGAACAUUUCAAAGAAACAUCUCAGCACUAAUUAUAAUGCAAACAACAAAAAUUUAAUGGAAAAUUUCGGUCUGCCUCUAAUUCCUGAAAAUUUUUCAACGAGAUCGAGACUGGAAAAUGGUGAUCGCAAGGAACCAAUGCCGGAGCAUUAUUCUCAUUAUUCUCUUCAGCAUUAUUCUCAGCCUUCUACCAAUAUUUUCAGCGAUGUCGAUAUCUUGCGACAUGCUUGCGAUUUGCUAUAUAUACGAUCAGCCAUUCCAACAUUGUUGAUUCCCACUUCGUUGAAAAAACUACAGGAAAGUAUCGUUCGCACAAAACCAGACGCAAUAAAAAUUUCCGCUGAUGGAACCAAAUGUUUUCCUGAAAAGACCGCAUCAGAAUACUCAGAACUUCCAUCGAACAUGUCGCCAGCUACAAAUUCUCAACAACUGGAGGUGACUGCUGAAAAGGAAUUGAUGGAGAAAGAAGGAAACUUAGAAAAUACUUUAGAGGAAUUGAGAAUUUGCAGUACGGACACUGACGGCAUACAUAGUGUGGGGACCAUCUCAAUGAAAUCCAUUUUACAUAAGUCAUCUCGAAAAAACAGCUUGGGGAAAAAAGUUCAUUUCCCCGCAGAACAGCCACGGGUAAUUGCAUUAGAGCAUCGUCUUCUGAUUGAAAAUCUCCAUUUGGUAUAA